UUUUCCUCUAUUUUUAUUUUUCUCCCUAAUAUCUUUCUUUCCCCUUCUUCGUCUUCCAAUGCAAACACUCGUCGUCCGUCUCACGAUUCACUUGAACAAAAACCAGUAGAAGAACAACAAGAAGAAGCUCCGUCUCUUAUCGUCUAUGGCGUCCUCAAACGAAACAACCCGCCAAAGGAGACUACCCAUCUCUCACAUCCUUCACUCCACCACCUCCAAUCUCCUCUCCCUUUUCAACCCCAAAACGACGCCCUCCUCCUCCUCCUCCUCCUCCUCCUCCUCCUCAUCCCCUUCUCGGCUUUGCUUCCCUCUCCUAAUCCCCGACUCGCCCAAACCGCUCGCCUUCGAAUCGUCCCAACCCGACUCGGUUUCGUCCAAAUCGGCCGCCCGAGGAGUUUCGCCGGCGCCGGAAUCCAGCUCGGCGUUCCCGUCGGCGGUCAGGAUUGCGGGGCUCAACUCCAAUCUUAAAGGCGGUGGGCCCGCUUUUGUGGGCCAGGUCUUCAGUAUGUGUGACCUCUCCGGCACUGGUCUCAUGGCCGUUUCCACUCACUUCGAUAUUCCUUUUAUUUCCCAGAGAACACCUGAGUGGCUCAAGAAGAUGUUUGCAACAAUUUCUAGGAGUGAGAGAAAGGGUCCUGUGUUCCGGUUUUUUCUGGAUUUAGGUGAUGCAGUUUCAUAUGUCAAACGGCUGAAUAUUCCAAGUGGAGUGGUGGGUGCUUGUCGCCUUGAUCUAGCGUAUGAGCAUUUCAAGGAAAAACCUCACUUAUUCCAGUUUGUUCCAAAUGAGAAACAGAUCAAGGAAGCGAACAAGCUUCUUAAGACAAUGCCUCAGAAUUUUGGAUGCAAAAGGGUUGAAGGGGUUCCAGUUUUUAGUGCUCAAAACUUGGAUAUUGCAAUAGCAACUACAGAUGGGAUCAAAUGGUAUACUCCCUACUUCUUUGAUAAAGGCAUGCUUGAUAACAUUCUUGAAGAAUCUGUUGAUCAGCAUUUCCAUGCUUUAAUUCAAACUCGGCACAUGCAGCGCCGUCGAGACGUGAUUGAUGAUAACUUGGCAGCAGAAGUGAUUGAAGAGAUGGGAGAUAACUUAUGGGAGCCUCCAGAGGUUCAAGAAGUGAUGGAUGAGAUGGGGAAUCCAGGAAUACCCUUGAGUGUCAUUUCUAAGGCUGCUGAAAUGCAGCUCCUUUACACCGUUGAUAGAGUACUCCUGGGCAAUAGGUGGUUGCGGAAAGCAACAGGCAUUCAACCAAAAUUCCCUUAUUUGGUUGACUCUUUUGAGAAAAGGAGUGCCGCUUCUUUUCUGAGAGCCACAUCAAUGGCGUGCUUAGCCAACUCUGAAAUGGAACACAAUUCCAAAGAUUUUCCGGACCCUAGUAGCACUUCAAAGCUUGAAUUUAAAGAUGAUACUCAAACCAACCGAAGAACCAGACCCGAUUUGCGGCUUCCUUUCGGAGAUUGGCUUAAUCUUCAGGGAUCAAAACAAAAGCACCGAAAAGAAGCCUCGUCUGAGGAAUGCACAAAGCAAAACGUGCAGCCGAAUCCGUUUCUUCCAAAAAUCACAAUGGUUGGUAUUUCAACUGGUGAAACCGGGCAGAUGAGCAAAGCUAGUUUGAAAAAGACGAUGGAGGAUCUAACAAAAGAACUGGAGCAUAUUGACCAGGAAAAUGCCAAUGGCUGUAACAGUAGUUGGAAUAACGAGUUUGAAGCCGAAGAUAGGGAUCCGCUUUUUGUGGCAAAUGUGGGCGAUUACUAUUCUGGUGUGGCAAAGUCGGGUUCAGCUCGAUGGGUUCGUGGGGGAAACAACUAGAAGCCCAACCAACAGGGCGUAUAUUUUUUUUUUCUUGCUCGAUUGUGAAUAUUCAUUCAUGAAAAAAGAAGGGAAAAAAAAAAAGAAAAAAAAAAGACAGAAUGUCAGAAUUCUUGAUCUGCCCGCCUGAUCUUUGUUGUAAAAAUGACUGAUAAAUGAGAAUAGACAUAACUAGUAAUUCGGAAAAUUUUCGCCGUUGUAA